GUUUUGUUCAGUCUGUCUGAGAGCGCCGUCGUCCCAACCGCCGGAAGUCUGCAUGAAGCUGCGUCUCCUACAGUGGCGGCGGCGUCGACGCUUUUUUUUUCUGUCUUCGUUUUUUUUUUUGUUCGAGACUUUUUUUUUUUCUCUUUUUUUAUUUUCUCUCAGCGAGAUGAGCAGGGAGUGAGGAAUGGAGGCGUAGGCAGCGAGGCUGUUUGUAUUUACUUAGCGACAAGCUAGUUAAGCACAUCACUAUACAGGCCUCCUCGCAUCUAUAGCAAGCCAGCGAACAAAAGGAGAAAAUUAAUGGAGGCACGUUAGCUAGCUCCCCCAGUCUUGUUGCGUUAACCAGCUACCGCUAGCCAUGUUUGUUUACAACCCAGAUGUCUCAUUAAGCUCUUGACAGCUGGUUAGGUGCAGAGUGACACCUCUAUGCUGACUGCUUUGCGAGGGGCUUCCUGUUUUAAACGGUUUAUGACAAAUUCGUUUUUAACAGGAAUUACUCUAUCACAGCCCGCAGCUAGCAGUACUCCAGUUUUGGAGCCAGCUAGUGUCCUUCGUCAAACAUGGCUCUCAGAGCACUAACACAUUGACUUUGUAUUACACUAACAAUGGCUCUACAUUGUCAGAUAGCGGCAGCCUGUGGAAAAUUCAAUUAAUGUGCCAUAGAAGCUUGCCCAGUCACGUGUUUGUAGGUAGUGGAGGGGGAGAGGAGGCUCACGAAAACAACGUUAAACAUGCCUUGAGUUAUGCACUGAAUGUUUUGCAUGAGAUGUAUCGUUUCCUCAUUUGUUUCAGAGAUUAACGUUAUUAUAUAAGUGUAUUAUGUUGUUACGUUGAAGUUAAGUUUUCAUGGGCAUAUACUUCCCUGAAUAAUUUAAGUUAUUAGUAAUAUUAAAUAUCAGUUCAGCAUUACUAACAAUACCAUGCUUGCCUUUCUUUGUAUGUGAGCAAUGUGGCUGUGCAUGGCAUUCACAAUCUUCACAUGCAUACAGAAAACCAAACCUCAAAACGUAUUUCACGAUUGGUCUGUAACCGUAGCAAAGUAUGUGGAAAUAAACUGCAAAUGCAUGCCAAAAUAGAACAAUGAAACUAUGAAACUUCCUUCUUUGUGCUACAGAAAACAUGUUGCCUAUGUGUCAGUGGGAGAUGAUCGGGAAACAGAAGAUCAGAGGUUUGAUAAUGAAAAGAUAAACAGUAGUCUUUUAAACAAAAUAAUGGACGAUUCCCAUUUCAACUCAUCAUACUUUUGGUCUCCCGUCCCCACUGUACAAGGACAGAUCGAGAACACCAUGUUCCUGAACAAGGCAAAGGAGCAGCUGGGUCCAGAGAAGACCAAUGUGCCCUCUUACUCUCACUCCUCUGCGUCUACCACCUCCUCCCCCCACUACCCCACGGCUGUGCUCGCCAUCCCUGGUUCAGUGGACGCAGGGUCCGGGUUGCGGUUGGUCCCCAAACAGGAAGGUGGUGGGAGCACAGCAGGACUAGGUGGGCCUGGCGGCAUGAGUGGGCUCGGGGGACACCUGCACCAGUCGCACACGACCCAGAACAUCACCGUUGUACCUGUUCCCUCGACAGGUAUCAUGACUGCAGCCGGGUUAGUGAUCACCACCCCUCAAGGCACACUGGUCCCCACUGCCUCCACGCAGUCAUUUGUAGCUGGACACCCCACUGCCACCACCAUGAUAGUAUCUGCAGUGCACCCCUCACAUACAGACAAGAAGCAGGACAUUGCUAUCCCUCCUGCAGUUGUCAUGCCCACUCCAUCAAAGCGAGGCAGGAAGAGCAAACAGAUGUUGGGCAGAGUGGGUGGGGUCCUCCCUCCUGGAAGUGAUGCAUUAAUACUGGCACACCUUGCUGCUGGGGGGCAGCACCACACUGCUGACCCAUAUGACCUGUCAAAUGAUGAGGAUGAGCAUACCAACAAAGAUGGACCCAAAUCCUACAGGUGUCGGAUGUGUGCAGUGACGUUCUUCAGCAAGUCAGACAUGCAGAUCCACGCCAAGUCCCACACAGAGGCCAAGCCCCACAAGUGCCCCCACUGCUCCAAGUCAUUUGCCAACUCCAGCUACCUGGCCCAGCACAUCCGCAUUCACAGCGGGGCAAAGCCCUACACCUGCACCUACUGCCAGAAAACAUUCAGGCAGCUCAGUCACCUACAGCAGCACACACGAAACCACACGGAGGCCAAGCCCCACAAGUGCCCCCACUGCUCCAAGUCGUUUGCCAACUCCAGCUACCUGUCCCAGCACAUCCGCAUCCACACCGGGGCCAAGCCCUACGCCUGCUCCUACUGCCAGAAAACAUUCAGGCAGCUCAGUCACCUACAGCAGCACACACGGAUUCAUACCGGCGACCGGCCGUAUAAGUGUAACCAUCCUGGCUGUGAAAAAGCUUUCACUCAGUUGUCCAACCUACAGUCUCACCGUCGGCAGCACAACAAAGACAAGCCGUACAAAUGCCACAACUGUAACCGUGGUUACACAGAUGCUGCCAGCCUGGAGGUGCACCUGUCCACACACACCGUCAAACAUGCCAAGCUGUUCUCCUGUGGCCUCUGUAACCGUUCCUAUACCUCAGAAACGUAUCUAAUGAAACACAUGAGGAAGCACAACCCCGACCCGCUAACAGUGGCAGCAACCGUAGCGGCUCAGCAGGCCCAGGGCCUUACGCCAGGCGGAGGCAGGGGCCGAGGCCGCGGCCGGGGGAGAGGUGCUGGUGGAGGAGGUGUGGGCAGAGCGGGCCAGCUCCAAAGCCAGACCAACCCUAACAACAACACCCAGAACCCUAACCCUGGGCCCCCAGGCAGCUACCAGCAGGCCACGGAAGCUGUGGUUCAGUGCCCGUUUGACCUGCACCAGUACAAGACAGUGUCCGCCAGCGAGAUCCAGUACAAACCAGUCACUGUGGCGGACCUGCCAGUGGCCCACAAAGACCUCUGCCUCACCGUCUCCACAUCAGCCAUACAGGUGGAGCACAUGAACUCAUAGGCUGCGUCUUCCCGCUCUGUUCAUGGAAUUACUAAUUGCAUCAUCCAUAUAAACAAGUAGUUUAACUAUAUUCAGUAUUAUAGUCUUCUUCAGCAGGAAAGAAAAUGGCUCGUAUGGUGGAAAACUUUACCAAUGUGAUGUUCAAAUAUACAUGUAAAAUUCAGAAUGCACCCGAUGCCAGGUCUUUUCCUUCAUUGUAAGAAGCUCUAAUGCUGAGUACAACAUUAAAUUACUUGUUAGAACACAGAUAUUUUACAAUGUGCUUCUCGAUUCCUGAGCCCACUGAGCCAAGGAUCUCCUAGUAGAAAUGCUGGUCUAGGACACUGAGACAAGUGGUUUAUUGAACUUCACACUAGAGCCACAUUCCUCUAGUUUGUGAAGACUUAACCAAAACAUAAUCUGGAUCACUUUUGGCUUUUUUAUAUCAUUAUGAAUGAGAUAGAGAUGAAAUCCAAACCGGAAUUUCUCAAAAGCAUGUUCACCUUUUUUUCAACUAUAGGUCAAUGGAUCAGUUAUUAACUUACUUGCUUUGUAAAAGACACCUAACACACUGAUCCAAAACCAGCAGUCCGCCUUGGAGUAUUUUGAUAAAAGAGGCACACUGGUGACCCUUCUCUGUUUUUUAUUGCAUUGCUUGCAGUAGGCACCAAUGGAGGAUAAAGAUAUAAAAUAUCUGUAAAAUAAAAAAUGACACUACUCUCUGGACAGUUACGGUCCAGAGAAUGGUGACAUUUUUUAACACAGUCAGAUCACAUUAAUCUGAACAUACUCCAUUAUUUAGUUCAAGCCAAAACAAGGGAGAGAAACAAGACAAGAAAUCAACGAGGGAAUACUGUAGGGAAAGACUAAGUAAAGAAGUUUAAAUAUGGCUUUUAAAUAACAUCUCUGAGAACAGAGAAGAGGGACAGGAGAAAGAAAGUUAGGUAUAUUAUUGGAUCAGGCUAAAACCUGGCGCUGAAUCUCAACGUGUUCACUUUACAAAUCAAGAUGUCCUUAUUUACGCUCACCUCCCCUCAGACAGCGAGGAGUUGAGGAACCAACUUUGUCGGAGCCCAAAGUAUGGAUCAGGAGAGGAAAACCUAUUCAAGAAUGCACUAAAUACGAAUCUGCAGCAGAGUGAGAAGAAAAAAUAACAGAGAAAAGAGGGUUUGUGGGGUGGCCGGGGUCAUAAAGAAAGCACUUGAUGAAGCUUGUUCUUCAUGUCUAUGUUUGUCAUUGUACUUUUUUUUUAAAUAUAUGUAUGUAUUUUUCUACCAACAUAAACGUGUGAAAACUCAGAGAGAAAGCAAAGUGAUGCAUGAAUGUGAAGAGAACAGAGAGAAAAGUCCUAACAGAGUUUUUUUGUCCUAUUUUGUUUUGUUACUGUUGAAAGAAAGAGUCUGAUAUUCUCCAAUAGUAGUAAAGACAGCCCAUCUCGUUGGGGAAUUAAUGAUUGCGUGAUAAAAAAAUGGCUGAUAGGUACUGUUAUCAAUCUUUUUUUAAAGAACUUUUCAUACAUAUUAUUACUACUUUCAUUAUACCUAGUGCAAAUGUUAUCUACAUUAUCAAUCUGAGGCAUUAUUGUAUUGCAGUAUGCUGUACAUAACAUAGAUAGAAAAGACUUUUUCAACUGUAAAAGGAAAGUAAGUCCUGUGUAAAGUGUAUAUGAAAACUAAAAGAACUCAAAUUAACAAGUACCAAAUCACUGUCUGUGUCCCAGGUCACCUUUAGUGCUGAAUGGACCAUAACCUCAAUGCUCAACAAAGUCUGCAAAAGAAUGAAAAAAUUCAACAUUGAUCACCCAUGAUAAUUCCUUCAUUCAUAUUUUAACAAAUGAUCUAAAAGUAUAUCUUAAUGAUUAAAUAACACAACAUGAAACUCGGUGACCUGGGACACUGCUGCCAUGUCUUUGUGCAUAAGCUAUCUCUACCCAAUCAAAAUGGUCAAGCAGUCUAACAAAUGGCUGCUUGUCUUCAUGUAUACUCCGUGUAUUUCAUUGUCUUUUUAUGUAAAAUAACAGAUUCUCAA